GGGGCCUCCCCGCGAGUUUCUUUGCUCGGUGCAUCACUUCCCGCCGCUGCCAUACUCCGCUGCCCGGUGCCGGGCUGCAGCCGCGGCGGGCGGCUCGGCGGGGCCGGCGCCCAUGGCGUGUCCCGGCGGGGACAGCCCCGGCUCCGCCGCCCGCCGGCUCUACUCGAGGAUGGAGGCGUCCUGCCUGGAACUGGCCCUGGAAGGAGAGCGCUUGUGCAAGGCUGGGGACUUCAAAGCCGGGGCAGCCUUCUUCGAAGCAGCAGUGCAGGUGGGGACAGAAGACCUGAAGACUCUCAGUGCCAUCUACAGUCAGCUGGGCAACGCUUAUUUCUACCUAAAGGAGUAUUCCAAGGCCCUGGAGUACCAUAAACAUGACCUCACCCUGGCCAGAACCAUUGGGGACCGCAUUGGAGAAGCCAAGGCAAGCGGCAACCUCGGGAACACAUUGAAAAUACUUGGGCAGUUUGAUGAAGCUGUUGUUUGUUGCCAGAGACACUUGGACAUUUCUCAGGAGCAGGGAGACAAGGUAGGUGAAGCCAGAGCACUCUAUAAUAUAGGAAAUGUUUACCAUGCAAAGGGAAAGCACUUAUCAUGGAACAUGGCCCAAGACCCAGGCUACCUGCCUCAAGAAGUCAAGGAGACGCUACAGAAAGCUUCAGAAUAUUAUGAGAGGAACUUGUCCCUGGUGAAGGAGCUGGGGGACAGAGCUGCGCAGGGCCGCGCUUAUGGCAACCUCGGCAACACCCAGUACUUACUGGGCAACUUCAGUGAAGCCAUAGCCUUCCACAAGGAGCGCCUUGCUAUUGCUAAGGAGUUUGGGGACAAGGCAGCCGAGCGGAGAGCAUACAGCAACCUGGGCAAUGCGCACAUCUUCCUUGGGAGGUUUGACAUCUCUGCUGAGUACUACAAGAAAACGCUCCAGCUCUCCAGACAACUUAAAGACCAAGCAGUAGAAGCCCAGGCUUGCUACAGUCUUGGAAACACAUACACGCUGCUUCAAGACUAUGAAAGAGCAAUCGAGUACCACCUAAAACACCUGGUGAUAGCACAGGAGCUGGGAGACAGGGUGGGAGAAGGAAGAGCCUGCUGGAGUCUUGGAAAUGCCUAUGUCUCUCUGGGGAGCCAUGAACAGGCUUUGCACUUUGCAAGGAAGCAUCUUGAAAUCUCCCAGGAGAUCGGGGACCGGACCGGGGAGCUGACAGCACAGCUGAACAUGGCCCAGCUCAGGGCGGCGCUCGGCUUGGGCCCCGGGGACGAGGACGUGGGCACAGCUCAGCGCUACUCUGGCUACGAGGCACAAGGAGCCAGGCCAAAGAGGUUCCAGAGGAUCAGCAUGGACAGCUUAGACCUCCUGAAGUUCCCUUCUGAAAAGGACCAAAAUGGGGACAGCCAUCAUGUGGGAGACCUGAAGAUCUCUGGAAAAGAGUUCUUGUCAUUACCUGCAAGGUCAAAGAAAUACCGGGAGCACCAAUCCAGUUCAGGAAGAAAGUCCCAGGGGUCAAAUACAUCGCCGCUGGAUACCAGUGAGGUCCGCGUCCAGGUGUCACAGUCGAAGAUCAACCGGACCCCUUCGGAUGAGGAAUGCUUCUUUGACCUGUUGAGCAAGUUCCAGAGCAACCGGAUGGAUGAUCAGCGCUGCCCGUUGGAAGAAUGCCCGUCAGAGGCUGCAGAGGCGGCUGCCACCCCGGUGCCUGCCCUGGAGGAGCGGAUCUCCCAGUCCUCCCUGAUGGCAUCUCCGCAGACCGAGGAGUUCUUCGAUCUCAUCGCCAGCUCCCAGAGCAGGCGGCUGGAUGACCAACGCGCCAACGUGGGCAACCUGCCCGGCCUGCGGAUCACGCACAACAACCUGGGGCACCUGCGCGUGGAGGGGGACGCCCAGGAGCCCGGCGACGAGUUCUUCAACAUGCUCAUGAAGUGUCAGUCCUCCAGGAUAGACGACCAGCGCUGCGCACCACCCGACUCCAUUCCCCGCGGCCCCACGAUGCCCGAUGAAGAUUUCUUCAGCCUCAUCCAGCGCGUCCAGGCCAAGCGCAUGGACGAGCAGCGGGUGGAUUUGGCCUCAGCCCAGGAGGAGGCAGCAGAGGAGCAGCAGAGGUCCGGUUCCAGCUAAGAACCGGGGUUUGGCUUGGGGGGGUUCUUUUGAUUUCAUUUUGGUCUUACAAAGUUUUUAAAAGGGUAGGCGGUUUCAAAGCCGAGCGCUCCCUCACUUCUCAGGAGCUGCACCUCGCCGCGUUGCGCCGGGCUGCUCUGCGGGGGCAGCGCGACAGGAAGACCCAUCGGAUGGGGGACGGUUUUUAAACAAGGGGGUUUUUCAGGACUCACGGCCACUGUAACAGUGGGCACAGCACGAGGGAAGACGACUUGGGCAGCCCCUUUGCUUACUACCUAAAAAUCCAGGAACUUGUGCUGUCAGCCAAAGGAGGAGCCCAGAGCGGGUACUUAACUCCAGCCUUUUAUUUCCACAACAUUUUUGAUUUAAGGGGGAAAGGGAAGAGCACCUUUUCCACGUGGAAGUCUUGCCUGCAUCUCGAGGUGACACAAACUGCUCUGGAUCCUUGCCUGGAAUGUCUUGCUCAACUUUCUUCUUUCUACAGGAGGAAAUGAGCCCAAGUCAGAGGCUACACUGGCCCUUUUAAACCUCACCCAGCUGCAGUCACAGUCCCACGCACCUUCAGGUUUAUUUUAGGUUUGCUGGGGACUCUGCUGCGAGCCCUGUGACAGCCCCUCGUGUCCCCAGCUGCAGGUCUGGCACCUCCCGUGCUGGAGCAAAGGCUUGCUGAGCUGAGCUUUAGUGGGAUUUGCUACCUCUAGAGAACAGCAGCGCAGCAAAGCCCAGCUUGGGCUUGGGCCAAACCCUGAAGAGCAGCCGCCAGCUGUGCAGCCCGGGGCCGGGAGUCCCUGCCCGUCUGCUCAGCACCAGGCAAACGUGGGCGACUCGUCACUUCUGGUGCCGCUGAGCCAGAAGUGUCGUGCAGGACUGUCCUGCGUGCAGGUGAGUGCGCCCGAGGCAGAGCCCGCGUUCUGCAACGCCAGGCUUGGAGCCCGCAAAAUCAGGGGGCAAACAGAAGCAUCCUCUCCUCCCUUUGUGUCCGACAGCAGGCAGGAUAUGAACCCUGCCCUCCCUUGGCUCUCCCCAAACCAGUGCUGAGCUCCGUGUCCCUGCAGAGCUGCUCUUGGCCAGGUGCUCCCAUUUUGCCUGAUCUGUCUCCAAUAAAUGGAGCCUCAUGAGAGUUCCAGACUGGGUUAUGGGCUGGGAAGGCAGUUCCACCCCCACACAAGGGUCUACAUUUACUCUAAUUCCUUCCCCUUUUGGAACAGCUGGAAAAGCAAACCCCGAGAGGAGGGGAGCGUGGAUUUAACUUCAAGGAGGUGGAGUAUUUUUUCUUUGCUUGACCAGACAGUCUUAUCUUGGACUUCAGAAACUCCAGUGACGAGUUCUGCCAAAGCAGAUGUGUUCCUAUAGAGAACAAAACAGCACUUUCUAUUUGAAAUGCAUUUGAUGGAAACGUUUCCAACCAGCAGUAAGAUUUGUAGACCAGUGAUGCUGCUCGUCGGGCACUGAACCUGCCUGCACUGACCAUGCGGAGCGGUGGCUGCGGCCCCUGCCCCGGGAGCGCUCACGGACAGCUCGGCCUCCUACCCAGGACAGGAGAAAACAUUGAAGAUGAAGAUGACUUGACCAGCCGCAGGCUCCGGCCUGUGCAGCUUUCAGCCAGGUGGUGAACUGGAAUCUGACCGUUAAGCUUUCAGAGAUGUUAAUUAUUUGCCAUAUACUUGAAUGUAUGAGCUUAUUUAUUUUUUACAUGUGCUUUUGCUAAUGUCAUUUUAAUGGGGGAAAUUUCCAACCCACAGGUACUUUUUUUUCUAAAAAAAAAUAAUCUGCCAAAUGAAUUAAUAUAUUAGAAAUGAAUACAGCUCAAGGGGAACGGGGGGUGGGGUUUGUGCUUAAUAAAUAUUUGUGUCUAAGCUUCAGUGACAAAAA